CCAGAGACUUCUGGGGCUGGAAGCCGGGCAUGCCUGCUGGGGUCAAGGUGGCUGUGGAGCCUUUACUAGAAAGGAAGUAGCCUGGUGACACACCAAGCAGGGCUGUCCCCAGACCAGUCCCCAGAGGAAUCUGAAGCGUCCUACUGCCUUGGGGUGUUGGUCACAACUGACCCAAUCCCAGCCUGUGGAUGCUGCAAUUACCUCAGAGCACGAAACCAAACCGACUUCCCACCUGACUGAGUCAGCUGAAAACAAAACACAUCUCUACCACACACUGGCACAAACAGCCAAACCACUAAUCAGUCCCCAGAUGCUGGCACAGAGAGCACAGCCCUACGCUGGCCAGGAGAUCGGCACAUGCCAGGAGCCAUCAGAGAGAAGAUGAGCAGGGCCCGCUGCUGCCUGCCUGUGGAAGGAGUGCUGCUGCCCUGCUAGAGGUCCGGCCAGCCCACCAGCCCUCAGCUUUGUUUUGCCCCUGCUCUGCCUGGUGAACUCCCAGCGCCCUAAUCUCCUGGACAAAAUCUCCCUGCUACUAGUCUUGCCUCACCAUCCAAGACACAAACCAAAGGACCACACUGAGCAGAGCCCCACAGCCUCUGCUGCGAGCCCUUAAGGGGUGGGUGUCUCUGGUUCCUGGCACUCAGCACUCAAGCAAAUGGUCACUUGCUGCUGCUGCUGCUGCUGCUGAGCCCCUCUGUGGAUCUCCUCAGAUGCCAGGCCCAUUGGAUGAGUCUUGGGAGCUCCAUGGAGACCUGGCGGAAAGGCUCCUUCCGCAAUGCCUCCUUUUUCAAGCGAAUGACCCUGAGGCGGCCACGGCGACUUCGGCGACAGGGCAGCAUACUUAGCCAGGCCAGCACUGCUGGUGGUGACCAUGAGGAGUACAGCAACCGAGAAGUCAUUCGGGAACUACAAGGGAGGCCAGAUGGCCGGCGGCUGCCCCUGUGGGGGGAUGAGCAGCCCCGCGCCACUCUGCUGGCCCCACCCAAGCCCCCACGCCUCUACCGCGAGAGCUGCAGCUGCCCCAACAUUCUGGAGGCCCCAGCGACCUACACUGCUUCCUACUCGGCCACCCUGCCCUCAGCAGUCUCCCUGACAGGCCCCCUCCACCCGUGCUCAGAGGAGGGCCUUUUGGAUACUCCCCACUUCCCGAGGACACCUACUCCAGAGCUCAGUGACCCUUUCUUUUCCUUCCAAGUGGACCUGGGGGUCUCACUUCUGGAGGAAAUCCUACAGGUGCUGCAGGAGCAGUUCCCCAGAGAGCCCCACUUCUGACCCUGGUGAAGACAGACAGCUGGGAUGACUGGCGGAGUGGAACCUGUGGGACCCAGGGAAGGAAGGCGCAGUAUGGGAUUAAUGGACAGGUGAGGACAGGAAGCCACAGUCCUGCUUGCCCUCUGGCUGCUGACCAAUCCUCCAAGCCACCCCGAGUGAAGGGGCAGAAGCCAGCUGGGAACGUAUGGGGUCACUUUCUGGCAGGAGUCCGGAAGGAAGCUGGAGAGGCCAGGAAAAGGAAGCCACAACUUGCAAAUGCAGGAACUAGUCAGUGGG